CCCAAAUUAUCUUAUGAUAGAGUAUAAUUGGUAAUUUUAUGUGAAAGAAUUGCGGGAUAUACUGCUUUGUUUCUCUAGAAAUAUCCUUAAAACUUCUGAACUAUAUUUUCACCGCGGACGCAUUAGGUACCUUCGUAAUAUUAUGUGUAAAUUGUGACGUUUGGCGCGUCGUGUUGCUAUCCAACGUUGGGAAAUACGGCAAUGUAUCCUUCAUUAAAGAAUAUUUAUUUAUAAGAAAAUUGAAGAAAUCAGAUUAUUGUAAUGGAACAUACAUAUUGAUGUUAGUAGAUGUGCGCACAUGGUCAUUUCACGCUAAAGAUGGGCAGUACGUGAAGACCUGAAGUAGUUCGUAGCAAUUGCUUGAAAUGGUUGAUGUGUGAAGGUGAAUUCGAAAAUUACGUUCGUGCCGGGCCAGCCUGCUUUAACGCUUACGAUUCUAAUGGCCACUCUAGCGGUGAGUUUGGGAACUAAAUCGAGACAGCAUUUCCAACGAAUGUUUGUGAAGAAAUCCUGACUUUAUGGAGAAUUGAGAGAUGGUGGUAAUUAAUAUUGUGGACGGGAACUUGCUUUCAAAGAAAUGUGUGUUUGUUUACUUCUGCAAUGAUGCGUAGCUGCGAAGACAACGAAUCGAAAAGUUGUGUUGCACAGUGUUUGUGAUAUACGAUGGAUGGCGCUGAUGUAUCAACAGCCCCAAAAUGGGAGUCAUUGACAUAAUGGCUGUGGAGUUUACUAAUGAAUAAUAGGAAACGGCUGUACGAUAGUGUGGUAGUGUCAGUAUGGUUAUUAUUUUUAUAACAUAGGUGUUUUUGUGUGUUCCAAUCAACUGCAUUCUUUGCCACAUUCCAUGUGCUGUGAAUGUUGAAAACGAAGGCAAAAGAUAGUCUGAUUGAGUGGCAAAUGAGCGUUCAGACUCAAUGAUAACAUAGUGUUGAAGAUUGUGUGGAAAGUGAAUGAAAGUGUCAUUAAAAUAAUCCUGGGAUAUUUGUAUAGCAAACAGAAAGGAAAUAUGAAACGGGAUAAAGAAAAUAAUGAGAGAAGAGUAUUCACUGUAAUUUAGCAAUACAGGUAUUCAACAUUCAUCAUAUAUGGACCAACAUAAUUUUUGGGGAGUUCUUUUUGAUGUUGAGAAGGUUUGCAGUGCUAUGCUGGUAUUUGACUGGUGAGACAUUUUCUUUAAAAUAAGUGCAACUAAUGGGGACGGCUUCAGUAAGCUUCCUUGGACAAGUUUAUUUUGUAAUUUAUUGAUUUCUGGAAUUGGUUAAAGUGAGACAAGAUCAGAUGUAAAUAAUGCAUCUCGUCUUCAGGAUAUGAUGGUUAUUUGUCAAGACCAAAGAAGUUUUGUGUUCACUAAGACUAAAGAAUGCCGCUCCUUUCAGUGAAUGAGUGUCUUCUUACCAUGCCAGCAUUAUUCUGGUCCAACAGUUAUUUCCUGGUACAUAGUUUGGACAUUGUGUGUUAAAAUAUAAUUUUGAGAAAUGAGAAGAUUGAAUGUGAACAUUCUUCGUAACUGCGGUGUUGCGUAAUUCAAAAUGGAAAUCUUUUGAAGUGAUGAGCAAGCGAAAGAUGAUGCUAUUCUACAGUCCAGUCCUUUGCUUCAAGAGUACUCUGCUGAAUUGUGAAUCGAUAUCAGGGUAUCAUGCCUCAGUAUGCAGGUGAAGUAGUGCUCACAAUUUCAAAAUGAAUGGUGAAAUUCCUAGUGUACCAAUCACCACUUUGGCUGGCAUCUCAAGUCUUACAGACUUGUUGCCAGAGAUGCCUCUUCCAUCACCCUUGCCUCAGACAUUGAGCAAUAAAUCCCUUCUUUUUCAUCCUCGCGUAGCAGAGGAGGCUCAGAUUUUGUUGAGUGUAAGGGAUGAUGCAUUAGUGCCUCAGUUAAUUCAGUCACUUGUUCAGACAUCAGCUGAUCAUAUAGAGCUUAAGGAUCAUUAUGCUUGCUCAGAACAACCGGUAGAUCAGCAACAAAAUAUUCCUGAACUACUAAAAGCGAUCCUGCAAAGAAAUCCAAGUGUAUUUAAGGGACCACGUGCUAAUUCACCACGCCAGCAUCACUGGAAUCAAGUUUCCAGCUUCAACUCCAACUACAAUCAGGCAUCUCCUGCUAGCUAUGGUCAGGCAUCUCCAUCAUACCCCAGUCCAUGUGGCUCUCGUCACACCCCACAGGGAAGCCCAGCACCACCUGCUCCUGCAAGACUGCCUCCACCGGAUGGAGUGCAGUGCCCUCCAGCAAAGAGCCCAAGACUUCAUUCAAUUUCUAAUCUUGCUCCUGCUAGUGCCGUGUCGUCUAGUUCUACAUUGCAUACACCAUUCACUCAAUCUUUAACUCCUGGAGCGCCAGCACAUCCUGUCCAGGCUCCUGCUGUGUGCCCCACUACUUCAAUUCCCGUCCCUUUACCUGUUUCCAUGCCUAUACCAGUGCAUCCUGCUUCAGUUUCAACAUCAUCUGCCUCCACAUGUCUCAGCAUGCCCACUGGCAUGUUACCUGUCCACCCUCCUAUUCCUGUUAAAACGGUUGGAGAUCAAGCAUUGUCUCAUCGUGUGUCAGUGAUUACAGAACAACCAAAAGUGCAUAAUACAGAUUGUGUACAAACUCACAACAGUGGUGAUAUUAGUACUUUCUUUCAUAGUAGACCACAAAUAAUCGCUAAUCAGAUUAGUGGUGAAAAUAGUGACAAUUGUGAUGGUAGUAGUUCGUGUGAACCUAUUCGAAAUUCCAGUGAAGUGUCUGAAGAAGAACGAAAAGUGGACUUUCCUCAUAGUGGUAACCUUGGUUUAGGAUUAUCACAGGGACUUUCCAGACAAUUUUCAGAAAGUGCUUCUAUAUCCAGUAUUCCUAGAACACACACCUCUCACUUGUCAGGCUCUUCACCAGCUCAGGCCAGUGUAGCACCUGUUGGUCCAGAGAAGGAAGAAGGCAGACUCUUUAGUAAAGAUAAGAAGUCAAAUGCAGUACCUGACACAAAAUUGAAAGAGCCUGUCGUUAGAUUGAGUCGAUUAUCUGCAGAGGAUCAAGCACUUAUGCAGAGAAGUUUACGAGCAUUUGCUGAAAAGUCUCCGAACUUAGCUUCUAAAUUGGGUAUUACUGCCAAUAAUAAAGUGACUCAAGGAAUGGACAAACAUAAUCAACAUAUUGAAUCAGGUUCUGAAAGUGAAGAUGAACCAAAAAGCACAUCCAAAUACUUCAAAGCUAGAGAAAAAGAACGUGAACUCCAGCGUCAAAAAGAUCGCGAAGAAAGGAAACGUGUAAGCACAUAUGAUGAAGACUAUUUUCCUGGCAAUUCAGAAACAGAGACUUUCUCUGAAAGAAGUAAAAGGCGUAAGAGGUCACUUCCUAAUCAUAAACCAGAUGAUGAUAGUGCAAAUGCAAAUUGUGAUGGCCCAGAUUCUGUGGUGCCAAAAACAAAACUUCGUAAGGUUGAAAGGAAGCUUGUUCCUGUGUUGGAAAAAUUGAGCGUGGAAGAACUGAUGGAGACAAACACUUAUCAGAGGUUUAAUCGUUCAAUAGAAGCAAUCUUCGAUCACACUGAAGAUUUAGAUUUAACUACUGAUAUGGAUGUAGAUGCAGAUACUCCACCAGAAGCCCUAAUUCCAAAGUAUCAGCUUCAGGAUAUAUGCAGUGAAGCGGCCAAGUUAAAAACUUUGGGUGCUAUGGAAUCAAUCCCACCAGAUCGCCUUGUGAGAUUACUGAAUAUUUUGGAGAAGAACAUCCGUGAUGGCACUCGUAUAUCUCCGUUGGCAGAUCCAGAUGAUGAUGAAGAUGAAAGCAAGCUGUGGUUGGAACUGACGAUGGAAAGAGUAAUGAGAGCAGUUGAUGCUUCUCUGACUUCCUUAUAUAUUUUGACAUCUCCAAAUAUGCCAAAAAGAAUAUAUUUAGAAGAUGUUAUUGAUAGAAUCGUAGUCUUUACAAAAUAUCAAUUGCAAAAUACCAUCUACCCAUCAUUUGAUCCAGUGUAUAGAGUGGACAGCAAAGUUAAAGACUAUGUUGGAAGUGCAAGAAAGAAGCGAGCACAAGCUAAGGAAGUUCGGGAAAAAAGUAUUUUGUCACUGUACAAUAAACUUCAUGAAAUGGUCGGUUUGCUUUCCGAGUUAUUAACUAUUCAAGUUCUAACCGACAAUGCAGUACUUCAUGCUUCCUCAAUGGGAGUGGCACCUUUUUUUGUUGAAAAUGUCAGUGAACUUCAGCUUUCAGCACUGAAAUUGGUGACAACUAUAUUCACUAGAUAUGAAAAGCACAGGCGCCUUCUUUUGGAUGAUAUUUUAGCAUCAAUUGCGCGAUUACCAUGUAGCAAACGAAGUUUACGAACAUAUCGUCUCAACUCUGAAGAACACAUUCAGAUGCUAACUGCUCUUGUACUACAAUUAAUUCAGUGUGUUGUGGUUUUGCCAGAGCGCUUGCAAACUGAAAAGAAGGAAAAAGUGAAGGAAGAAAAAGAUGUACCUGUGAAAGAGAAAGAAAAUGAAGAAGAAAAUAAGGAGAAAGUAGUUAAUGUGGAUCGUGAUGUGCUAAUUAUUAGCAAGUACGAAACUGCUAUGAGAACAGCUGCAAACUUCCUGACAGUUUUUCUCAAUAAAUGUGGUAGUAAAAGUGAAGAAAUAGAUUAUAGACCUUUAUUUGAAAAUUUUGUUCAAGAUCUUUUAACAACUGUAAAUAAACCAGAGUGGCCUGCUGCGGAACUUCUGCUGAGUCUCCUAGGAAAGCUCCUGGUUACAAAUUUCAGCAACAAGGGAAUAGAUAUGUCUUUGAGAGUUGCCUCUCUUGAUUAUUUGGGUGUAGUAGCAGCAAGACUGAGGAAAGAUGCUGUAAUUUCUCAAUUGAAGUUAAACACAAUAGACCAAAUAAUUCAAGAGAUAAAAGCUGAAGAGCAGAGAGAAAUUGAAGAAAGUGGAUCAACAGACAAGAAAAUUAAAUUGGAAAGGAACGGUCAUCAAAUGGAUCCUGAAGAAGAAAGAACCCAGUUUUUGCAGCGUGUUCUCCUAGAUUAUCUUGCUGUAAACGGGCAAAGUGACCAAGCCCUUACAUACGCAAGACAUUUCUACUUAGCCCAAUGGUAUCGAGAUGCUACUGCUGAAAAAAGUCGACCAUCAACCGGUGCAAAACUUUCUCCGAAUAAAUUGCUGACACGGAAGAGAAAGCCCAAGAAAAAACGAAAAGAUGAAAGCUCAGAGGAGGAAAUUUCCAGCAAUUCUGAAGUGGAAGAUGAUGAGGCCAAAAAUGAAAAUGAAACUUCAGAAAACAAAGCUGAGCUCUUUAGACUAAUUGAACUACGUAAACAGUUCCUUAUUUCUAAAAUUAGACCUUUUCAUGACCAAGUUGGUGUGGGAAAAAGAGCUGAAGUUCUACAGACCUACAUAGACUAUGAAAGUGCUGAGCUCAUCUCUCGAUACCUGGCAUCAAAACGACCUUUCUCACAGAGUUUUGAUGCCUAUCUAAAACAGAUAUUGUGUGUUCUUACGGAGAAUUCAAUUGCUAUUCGUACAAAGGCCAUGAAGUGUUUGACUAUGGUGGUUGAAGCUGAUCCAGCUGUCCUGGCCAGAGCUGACAUGCAGAGAGGUGUUAGCCAUUCGUUUCUGGACCAUUCCACUUCUGUCAGAGAGGCUGCAGUAGAUUUAGUGGGUAAAUUCGUAUUGAGCAGGCCAGAGCUGAUUGACAAGUAUUACGACAUGCUCUCUGCAAGAAUACUGGACACUGGUGUGAGUGUGAGGAAGAGAGUUAUAAAAAUUCUUAAAGAUAUUUGCAUGGAGUGUCCGGAAUUUCCCAAAAUUCCUGAAAUUUGUGUUAAAAUGAUUCGUCGAGUGAAUGAUGAGGAAGGUAUAAAGAAACUGGUCAUGGAAGUAUUCCAGAACAUGUGGUUCACACCUGUUCGGGAACGUGGUCCUGGUAACUCAUCUGCAUUACUAAGAAAAGUGAUGAAUAUAACAGAUGUUGUUGCGGCGUCUCGUGAUAUGGGGUUGGAAUGGUUUGAGCAGUUACUUCUUAGUCUAUUUAAACCCAAAGAAGAUAAAGAUGAUGCUACUACCAAAGCACACCCAGAACCUCCAAGAGCCUUACUAACUGCUUGUAAACAGAUUGUUGAUUGCCUUAUUGAAAAUGUGUUGCGGUUAGAAGAAACUAGUUUUGGACCUGAUGAAGAAGGUCGUGGCUCUUCACAACGCUUAGUGGCAUGUCUUACUACUUUGUAUCUUUUUGCAAAGAUUAGGCCACAACUCCUUGUUUCACAUGCCAUAACUUUACAACCGUAUCUGAGUGUCAAGUGUCAGACGCAAGGAGAUUAUCAAAUAAUUAGUAGUGUGGCACGUACUUUGGAAUUGGUUGUUCCAUUGAUAGAACAUCCUAGUGAAACCUUUCUUGCCCAGUUAGAAGAAGAUUCUGUUAAAUUGAUUCUCCAACAUGACCGAUCAGUGGUGCAGAGUUGUCUGUCAUGUCUGGGCUCAGUUGUGAACAAUGUUACCAGAAAUUUCAAAUUAAUAAGGGAUUGUUUUCAGAAAUAUUAUGGUCAUUUGUCAGAGUAUAAGAAGCUUUAUGAAAAAGAUCCAAAUAAUCCUCUUUUGAUUAAAUACCGUCCAUAUUUUAGAAGAUCUCUUUUUACUGUUGGCCUGUUACUAAGACAUUUUGAUUUUACAGAUAAGGAUGUUAUCAAAGGAUUACCGGAGAAUGUGAAGGAUCAAGUGUUCGAAACAUUGGCUUACUUUGUGCAACAACCUAAUGAAGAUAUGCAGACGUAUACCCUUAAAGCUAUUGGUUCUCUUUGCAUAAGACAUUAUGAAUUUAUGCUAGGACCAGAACUUAAAACUCUUUAUCAUAGACUUCUCACAUCUGAUGAUGCACCGUUGAUGAUGAGAACUCAGGUUUUGAACAACAUAGAGAUGUAUUUACAAGAGGAAGAACGAAGAAUGAUUAAACAGGAUCAAGAAUGGUCCAAGUUAUCAAAACAAGAGAAUCUGAAAGAAAUGGGAGAUGUUUCAUCCGGAAUGGCCAGCACAGUUAUACAGUUGUACCUGAAAGAAAUACUAGAGUCAUUUCUCCAUCCAAAUAUUGCAGUUAGACAUGCUGCAUUGAAAGUAAUACAACUAAUUCUUCAACAAGGGUUGGUUCAUCCAGUUCAAAUUGUUCCAUAUCUAAUUUGUAUGAGUACCGAUGUAGAAAAAGUGGUUAGCCAUAGUGCUGAUAAACAACUGCAAGAUAUUGAAAAGAAAUAUCCUGGAUUUAUUCAUAUGAAGUCCCAGUCUGGAAUAAGGCUCUCAUAUAAAUUGCAGAAAAUUCUUCAGAAUGACAAUGUAGGAAUUGUGAGAGGUUACAGAACCCGAGAAGGGGAAUAUCCUGGGGCACUGAAUGGUUUUCUGUAUUCAAUUUUACGGAGCACCAAACAACAGAGGCGAGCUUUGGUCCUUUCAAUUCUUAAGCAGUUCGAUGAACAAGUGAAAACAAGUUUAUCUCAGAUGUUAUAUCUCUCUGAUAAUUUGGCAUAUUUUCCAUAUCAAGUUCAAGAUGAACCCCUUUUUAUAAUACAUCAUAUAGAUAUUAUGAUAUCGGUUUCUGGUACAAAUCUUCUUCAGGCUUUUCGUGAGGCACUUAUCCCUUGUGGGAAUCCUGAAAAUCAAACCACUAAAAUUAAUCCUGAGACUGGUGCUCCAAUGCAAGUAUACAUUGAAGAAGAAGAUGAUGAUGAAGAUGAGGAUUCUUUACUUAGCAGGGUCCCAGAGGAUACAACCGUUUUACAGGACUGUAUUACAGCAUCCCAGGGUUGCUUACUUCUUCUUGUGUUGAAGCAACAUUUAAAAGACCUGUAUGGAAUUAGUGAUGCGAAAAUAACCCAGUAUUCUCCUUCUGAAUCAGCGAAAGUUUAUGAAAAAGCUGUGAAUCGCCGCAGUAAUUCAUGCUUUGACCCUAAAAAUACUAUUCAAAAAUUAAAGCAGGGGUCUCCUUCUAGUGUAUUGGAUGAAUCAGAGCGGAAAGCUCUAGUGGUGCAGUACUUAGAUUUCAAACAGUUGAUGCUGAAGUUUGAUCCUGAGGAUCCUGAUGACGAUGAUAUAGGAGAAAGAAUAAAGAGCAAAGUUGUAACUGAAGAACAGCAAACUGAAGUGAAACCUGAGCAAAAACCAGAAGUUGUGCAAGGAGUAGAGAUAAGCCAAAUCGAAAAUAAGGAAUCACCACAAAAGGUACCAAAGCUGACAAUUGUACCUCCCAAACCACCGGAAAACAAAGACUCUCGUCAUCGGUCUCAUAAAACUCACAAAUCUGAGCGACAUAGGAAGCAUCGUCACAAAAAGAAACGAAAGAAGUUAGGUGAUGAAGAUGAAACUGAUGAAUAUAGUGAUCCAGACUUUUAACCGUUGUUGUGUACAGAACAGCAGAUUUCUGCUAGUGAAAAGCAACCUUUCAGUGUGUGAUAUAAACUACAUAAUAUAUUUGAAAAUUGACAAGAACUGCAGUGAAUAAUGCAGAGACCCUUAUGUACAGAUUCACCCUGUUGAAAGGAUGAAAUAAGAAUUUUUACAAGCUGAGAAGCUGAAGUGUUAUUUUACGUCAAAUGUGCAAUGGACUGUUUUUCAUAAUUUAUUUCAAAGCACAAAAUAAAUACAAACAUGGUUAAGCAAGUGAAGUAAUUUAUUUACAAUGCUUCUUUAAUAAGGCAUCCAUAUUUAUAAACAUCAUGGGCAUAAAUACAAUUUGUAUGGUUUGUAUUGAAGCAGCCAUUUUGGUUUCACAACCUCUAUUGAGUGAAAAUAUAUGUAGGAAGUGUUGCACAGAAAGCUAUGAAAGGUACAAAUCUUUCUCUUCUGAUGCUAAGCAAUAUGUUAGCCGUAGACAGAUAUUUGAACAGCAAGGUGAGACUUAGAAGGCUCUGUAUAACACUCCAGACAGAUCAAGAUUAAUAUGCAUUUCUACAUAUCUGUAGACAUGUAUGAGAAUCUUUUUCUGCUAUGGCAAGCCCCUGUGUACAUACAAAAUUAUAUUUUUAAUUCUUCUAUCUAUUAUUUCUUUCUAGGAAAGAAAGCCUGUGAAUCAUGUGUAUAGUUAAAAAAAGAACCUCUGCUGAGUUGUGAUGUCUAUAUUAUUGUAAAUUAUUUAAUUUUUUUAGCUUUGAGUCCCAUUAAAUUUGUAUAGUAAUCUCAUGUCUAUCAUUAUGAAUGUUUACCAACAUUGCGCCAUUAUAUCAGGUUUGGGGGGUCGGUUGUAAUAUUAUUUUAUAUAUAUUUUUUUGUAUGUUUCAUUUACUAUUUUAUAAUGUGAAUAUAUAUACACACACACAUGUGCGUGUAUGGAUUAUAACAAUCCCUAUGUGUGAAUGUGAAAAGAAACAUUUGUACUACUUCAGGUGAUAACUAGCAAGAUUGUUUUAUAUGCAAUGUAUGAAAAAAUGUCUUUAUAAAGAGAAUGUCAUAGCUCAUCGGAUUCUAUUACACUCAAACAAAGCAAAACUAGAUCUUAUUUAUUCCUCUCAGUGUCUUGAACAUAAAAAUGUGAAGUUGAUCUUUAUUUUUUAAGUUUUUAACAAUAAUUGAAGUUGAAUUGUAUUGUAUUACAGAGUGCACGUGACCCACCAUAAAAAUUCUGAUGUUACAAAUAUUGAAUUUUAUGACAAAAACUACAUUAACAGAAACAUGCAUUUUCUUAUGAACUCUUUUUGCAUUGCUCUGUAGUUAGCUUUCCCUUUUUAUCAUCUUUGCAGCUUUGUAUCAAAAUUUUAAAAUAUUCAUAUGAGUGGAAUGAGUAACUGCAUGGCAGAUGACACACAAUAAUAUUUAAAUUGGAAUUUUGAAAUCUGGAAGUGAAAUUUUUCACAACAGUUGGUUACUACUUAUUAUGCUGUUUGCUUUUUUCUUUGCAAUUGAAUCAUCAUUGCAUCUAGAUCCAUUGAAAUUGAAAAACUGCAUGCUUUGUUGAUGAUUUCAAUGUGUAUUUAAUUAUUUUGUUACUGAAGAAUAUUUUUCAAACCCAUUCUUGAAAAUAAUGAAACAUGAAAACCAAAUAUAAAUUCUUCAAAUGUUGAGAGUGGUUAAAACUGUUAUGCAGAAAGCUUCACUCCUAGUGUUUGCUGCUGUAUUUGGAAUAGGUAAAUAUUAUUUAUAUGAGAAGGAAUAAGAGACCAUUAUUCAUGUGGGACUUUUGUCUUUGGAGUGGAUAAAGCUCUGUUUAAUACUAUGUAUUCAAUAUUUUAUUUAUUUCACACAUUUUUAACAUUUUUGGAGUGUAAAGAGUGAUUUCUCUACUGAAUGGAGAUAAAUAUUUUCAAUUCAUUUCAUUUCAAAUAUUUGCAAUGCACAUUUUUGGCUUACAAUAAAAUCUAUAUAUUUGCGAGGUAAAACUGAAAUAUGCUAUGAAACACAGUACUUUUUACUCCAGAGAAGGAAGUUUUGUUUAGAUAAACCAGAAAACAAACAAGAUACUCUUGAAAUGUGUGAAAUAAAUAAAAUUUAUAAGCAGUCUGAAGUUUAUUUAUUUUUUACCUUUCCUAAGAUUUUAAAGUUAAUUUAAUGACGUUUGAAAUUUAAUUCCACAUAUAUAAAAGUGGGUUGGGCAUGAAAAAAAAUUAUAUUGAAAAUGUGAGUAUAUGUUUUAAAAAGCUUUAAUUUAUCAAAGGGUGUAUUUAUGUUCAUGCAAGGAAAAGUAUUUUCAUGGUGCUUGCUAAUAGGAUAGUGUGAUAAUUUUUUCUGGGUAUGCUCCAAACCAGAUAUAUGCAUAUUAAUUAAAUAUAUU